AUGCGUUUCCCCAUGCCUGCCGGUAAGCAGAAGAUCAUCCAGGAAGAAUGGGAACGGAGGCUGCACGAGGUGCAGGUUAGCAAAUAUGACUUGAAUCGCCUUGUCAUGGACUACCUCGUGAUUGAGGGAUACAAGACUGCGGCGGAGGAGUUCAGCCGAGAGGCCGGAAUGGAAUCACCUGUGGACUUUGAGAGCAUCGAAAGCAGGAUGAACAUCCGGGAAGCGCUGCAGCGUGGAGACGUCAGCGAUGCGAUUACACGUGUAAAUGACCUGAAUCCCGAGAUACUCGACACGAAUCCAGCGCUCUAUUUCCGACUUCAACAGCAGAAGCUCAUUGAGUUUAUCCGACAAGGUAACAUUCCUGAGGCGCUCCGCUUUGCUCAGGAAGAAUUAGCUCCGAGAGGGGAAGAAAGUCCGGAGUUCUUGGCCGAGCUUGAAAGAACGAUGGCGCUUUUGGCCUUCGAAUUUUCUCCGUUGACGCCCCCGGCUAUCAGCGAACUUCUUUCUCCGGUACAGCGGAUGAAGACCGCAGGGGAAGUGAACUCGGCCAUCCUCGAGAGCUUGAGUCAGGGCAAGGAGGCGAAGCUAGUUGGAUUGCUCAAGCUUCGGCAGUGGGGGGAGAACCUUCUUGGUGAGCGUGCCGAGUUUCCCAAGAUGUUGGCCAACAUCAUCCCGAGAUUAGGUGGCCAUGGACGCUCAACAAAUCGCAACGCUUAUAGCUACGAAUAA